CAGCAGAUAGCUUCAGCCCAGAGCAGUGAUGAUUUCUGUAUCGAGACCGUUGGGCUCGUCUCCCAAGGAGAGAAGCCGGAUUUUGCAGUUCGAGAUGCUGAUACGGUCACACUUGAUGAAAAUCUUACGUAUGAGGAGGAGCCGGUUGAGAUUCUGGCUCGUGAGGUCCGUCAGUUGAGGAACAAAACCAUUCCGCUGGUCAAGGUUCUGUGGAGAAGUCAUACCGUCGAGGAGGCGACAUGGGAAACCGAGGAAUCCAUGCGCACUCGUUAUCCACAUCUUUUCAGUGACCUGUGAUCAGGUAAAUUUCGAGGACGAAAUUUUCUUAAGGGGUGGAUAAUUGUAACGCCCUGCAA